AUGUUCUGCCAUCGGCUGUUUUUCAUUGUAGUUGCGGUGCUCGCGCUCGCGUCUAACGCGUUCGCGCGCAUGUCUGUGGCUCGCCACCUUGGCGUCCGUGCUGUGCAGACGCCAGACGAUGACAGCUUCUAUACGCCGGAUGGCAACUGGCAGAACGAGGCCCCUGGUACGAUCCUGAAGACGCGUGAGGUUACUAUUGGCCAGUCCGGUCUUCUCAAGUACGGCGUUACGGGCUACCAGCUCCUCUACCGCACCAACGGUGUUGACCAAAACACCCCCAGCUACACCGUGACCACGGUCCUCGUCCCUGAUAACUACGACAAGGACAAGCUUGUUGCGGCUAAUGUGUACGAGGACUCGGCCUCGUCUUCCUGCGCGCCGAGCUACUCGCUCCAGAAGGGCUCGAAGGUCUUUGGCAACGUUGCCAUUGCUUACCAGUCGCUCUUCUUCACUACUCUCCUGCACCAGGGCUGGAUCGUGACGGUCCCCGACCACGAGGGCCCGCAAAGUGCUUUCACUUCGGGCCGUUUCGAGGGCCACAUGGUUCUUGACGGUAUCCGCGCUACGCUGAACUUUGACAAGCUUGGUCUUGAGAAGAAAGCCAAGGUUGUCGGUUACGGCUACUCGGGCGGUGCCCUUGCCACUGGCUGGGCUGCCAGCCUCCAGUCCCAGUACGCUCACGAGAUCAACGUUGUUGGUUGGUCGAUGGGCGGCACGGUCGCGAACCUGAACCAGUGGCUGAACUACAUUGACAACACGACCGGCGCGGGCUUUGCCCUGGCCAGCCUGUGGGGUCUUACCUCGAGCUACCCCCAGCUUGCUUGGGUCCAGCAAGCCCUGACCGACAAGGGUCGUAAGCUCAUUAACGCAGCUAAGCGCCAUUGCAUGUAUGUCAACCUUUGGAGCGUUGGCAAGCAGCGCAUCUUUGACGACUCCGUCUUCUCGGGUGGAUCGAGCUUCCUCUCGAACCCCGAUGUGACCAAGGUUCUGAACAAGCUCCAACUUGGUCGCUACAGCAAGUUUGUUCCCAUUGCCCCCGUCUUCAUGUUCCACGCUGUGCAUGACGAGGUGGUGCCGUUCGACAUGGCCAUCGGCACGGCUGAUGCUUGGUGCCAGCAGGGUGCCAAGGUCAAGUUCCUGUCGAACACUGGCGCGGAGAUGGCGCACACCAACACGGAGCUCUUUAACCUUCCGAAUGUCGUCUUCUUCAUGCGUGAUCGCUUCCAAGGCAAGAACUUUGGCGAUGACUGCCAGUACCCCUCGGUGUCGAACCCCGAGUGGGACAUCAACGUCCUUGGUGGCACGGUCUCGAACUUCCUCCAGCAGGUCCUGGACUUGAUUGGCGGCCGCAUCGGUUCGGGUGACAGCAUUCUCAACUCGAAGCUGAAGCAGAAGGAGACUCCUUGA